ACUGGCGUGCAUCUCAUUGCGCAAUUUCGCGUCUCGUGCUUGUAUGCUUCCGCAUUUGCCUCUGCUUGCGUUGGGCGCGCUCUCAGCGUCCGUCGUUGCCGACAAGUUGGCCUGCGGCGUCUCACCCGGCGGCUGGACGCAAGUGCCCGGUGACUACCUCAAGGUGGCGUACGACGGCAAGACGCUGUGCGCGAUCGAUCUGCAAUAUAAACUCGCCUGCGCAUCCUCAACAACGAGCCCGAUCCCGUGGUCGGCGAUCCCAGGCGAGUACGCUGACAUUGGCCUCGCCAACGGCAUUUUGUACGCGCGCAAGCACGACGUCCAGGGCACGAUGGUCGUGACCAACUCGGUUACGAACGUGCAGUGGGCGACCGUGAACCUCAACUAUGGCGCCGAAAAGCAAACUAGCUUUGCAUUUGAUGGCUCGACGCUCUGCGAGGCGACGGACGCCGGGCGCUUUGUCUGCACGAGCACUGCACCCGGUGGUAUUCCGUACACGUGGACCAACGUGGACGGCAGCAUUGUGCGGGCGGCGGUGCGCGGCAGCACGCUCUAUGGUGUCGACGCCACCGGUCAACUGUUGAAGGGCACGACGGCGUCGGCACUGGCGAGCGGCAAGGGUCAGUGGGAAGCCAUGUCCAACAAUUCGUUGUCGCAAGUGUCGUACGACGGGUCGCAGCUCUGCGGUGUUGACAAGAAACACCAGGCGCACUGCACGACCGGGUCGGUGGCGGCGACACCUCCGUCGCAGUGCUGCUUCAAAGACGGCGACGUCAUUCAACUUCAGUCAGACACGGGCAAGUACCUUGGACGCUGCGGCGGAGGCUGCAUCCCCGGGGCUUCAUACCCCGACUCGGCGUUCGUGCACGUGUCGGACCCGUGGGCGGCUGACGCUGCGUGCGGUCGGUGGGCCGUCAAGAACGUCGGCAACGGCAAAAUCACGCUGCAGUCGGACUCGGGACGAUACCUCGCACGCUGCUAUGGGUGCGCCACGAGAGCCAAGGCGACGUACCCGGACGAAGCGUUUGUGCACAGCACGGACCCUACGACAGCGUUUACGCAGUGGAAGUGCAUCGACGCGGGUAACGGCAAGAUUGGGCUCCAGAGUGACACGGGCAACUACCUCGCCCGCUGCAACAAUUGCUUUGGCACAAAGGUCUACCCAGACGUGGCCUUUGUGCACGCCAAGAGCUGGUCGGACGGCGCGUAUGCGCAGUGGACCGUGUAUAAAGCCAAGGACAAACCUCAGGCGAGCCAAUGUCCGGUGCCCGCACCCGUCUUUAGCUGGCAGUCUCUGCCCGGCGAGUGGGAAAGCAUUACGUCGUACAACGGCAACGUCUUUGGCAUCGACACGACCAACCGCUUGUUCACGCGCACGGUGAGUGCGACGGCCAAGGCGUGAAUAGACAAUCUGUCGGAUUUGGAGAGUAAAGUAUCAAUGUAUCAAUCUAUGGUUGUCGCUCAAAA